UCGCUAGUUUAUUUGGCAGUGUACGUAAUGUCGGCAGGCACCAGAUCUGGGAAAGUUUUAAGAAAGAACACAACAGCAGCGAAGGACGACAAAAUGCUCCCCUCCGCCUCCGUUCAAACAUGUGACAUCAACUUUCAAAGUGGUGAUGACUCCACAGAUACCCCCCAUGUCUCUGAACCGAAGAAAGGUGACCAGUCACCAACGGUGAAGAAUCUCCUCCAAAAGGCCAAGAUGAGAGAGCGGUCUCAAGAUAAGAAACUCCAGAAAGUGAUAAAGGAGAGGGAUGCUCUUCGCAAACAACUGGCAUACCUGUCUAAAGCUCCCAGAGAAGAACAAUCUUCAGAGGAAGACACUGCCUCCUGCUCAUCAUUGUCUUCAAUGAGCCGGUCCUCCUCUUGUUCUUCCUCCUCCUCCUCAGAUGAGAAGAUGAAACGAAAGGGCAAGGGAAAACUCAGACUUUCAAAGACAAAGAACAAAAUAAAGAAGGCCAGGAUGCACCACAAAGUGACUGAUGUCCGCAAAAGAGCCCGUGGCCCUUUUGAAGUGAUAAGAAGAUACAAGAAGGUCCUGAAAGCAUACAAUCGGGGCUUGAAAUUGUCGGCUUCCUGUGCAUACGCAGGGGUGAACGAACUCACAGUCAGGUCCACGGCAAGCAUUGCAGAGCUGGCAACAGCGUCACCUGCCGAGUUCACAAAGCUCCUCGAUAAAACCAAACAGGCAAAGCUGAAAGAUGUAGCAAAUUUAUGCGAAAACUACAUUAAAGGUGAUGCUCAGGUUCAGACAAAAAUAGAUGACUUAAAAAGUCAAUGCAAAUGAAUCCCGUAUGCAAAGAGAGCAUAAUUAUUCUUUUUUUACCCGUUCGUGUUGUUUUUUUCAAGUGUGGUUAAGAAAUAUUGCCUGUCUCUCACUCAGUCUUUCCCUCACUUUCUUGUGCUCUGUCUCACUGUCUUUCUCUCUUUUUCUCACGCUCUGGUUGAACCCCUCUCUCAUUCUCUGUUUAUUUGAUAUACCAUUCAAUACCAAUAUACAUUCUGUUGGCAUUCUAGUUUGAUCAUCUUUUUUGAUCAGUUUAAUGAUCAGUUUUCCAGUAGACCAUCAGGUUAACUAUCAGUGGUCAGUGUUCCAGUAGAAAACAAAAAGCUAUUGGUGAGUUCUUUGAGAGUUCUUUGUUAGAGAGUUAUAAAUAAAGUAUUUUCAUCCCCCUUCCCAA